AUGUUAGAGGUAUGGCAGAGAAGAAAGAGAGACCAUGUGCUCUCUGUUUGUCGCUGGAUAAACACAGACACCAGGGCUGUCUCUCCUUUUGAAGUUGACAGCCAACUGACUGAUGCAGCUUCAACUUCCAUGAAUGACCCUCAGUGCUCACCUGAUGUAAAAGUGCGAUUUGACGAGUUGUGCCCUGUGUGUGGAGACAAAGUUUCUGGCUAUCAUUAUGGACUCUUAACAUGUGAAAGUUGCAAAGGUUUCUUCAAACGGACAGUUCAAAACAAGAAAGUAUAUUCUUGUGUGGAUAACCGAAACUGCCUAAUAGAUAAGACGCAAAGAAAAAGAUGCCCAUAUUGUCGAUUUCAGAAAUGCCUUAAUGUUGGGAUGAAAUUAGAAGCUGUUAGAGCGGACCGGAUGCGAGGGGGCAGGAACAAGUUUGGCCCAAUGUAUAAGCGCGAUCGGGCAUUAAAACAGCAAGCAAUUCGCCAAAGACAACAAAUGUUGUCCUCAUGUCAGAUGCACAUGGCAAAUGGUAUGAAUUCCUUACCCACCACUGUAGAGGACAUUAAACCUAGCACAUUACUGAUGGGCAGCAAUCAGCUCACCUACACAAUGGGUAGUGGUGGUGGAGGUGGCAACAACUCACCUUUGUCGUCACCUGCACCAUCUUUGCCCUCACCUGUGUAUGAUGGCUCUCCACCUGUCAGCCAGCUUACAAUGUCAAACAGUGAAUGCCCGCCGGUGAAUUCUGGUGGCAGUGUAGCAAUGCAAAGUACGUUACAGCAGUACCCAACAAUGGUAAAUGCCUUGCACCCGCUUCACUCCACCUUGCAUGGCCAGCAACCAGCGCUGCCUCCAAAUGUACCGUCCCUCAUCUCGGACUUUAAGGCCACGAUGCCUAAUGAAACAGAACGCAAACAAAAGCUGCUUAAUUUUAUUCAGACAGAAUUCGGAAGCUUCCAGUGUGCAUGGCAUCCGGAUAAAUUGUUUGCAAUGAUAUGCCGACUUGUGGACCAGUGUCUGUUCCUCAUGGUUGAGUGGGCACGGAAUUCUUUCUUUUUCAAAGAACUAAAGGUUGAAAAUCAAAUGAAGCUUCUUCAGAAUUCAUGGAGCGAAUUACUUAUUUUGGAUUUUUUAUACAGACAACUUUACAGCAACUCAACCAUGGAGUUCACAUUGGCCAGUGGUCAUAGAAUCAAUGCAGACUUUUUUGAUAAAAUUGGUCUUGGAGACAUGAGGGACCGGCUGCAGGACCUUAUAAAGAAGAUGAGGGAAUUGAAAAUUGAUGAAAAUGAAUAUGUUUGCCUCAAAUAUUUAGUGCUUUUAAAUCCUGAUGUUGGUGGUGUAGAAAGCCGACAACUUCUAGAGGACUGUCAAGAGAAGAUCAAUACGGCCCUGAUGGAAUACUGCACAAGUUUUUAUCCCAACAUGAAGGACAAGUUUGGUCAGGUUCUUUUGCGUCUGCCUGAGAUCCGGAUGAUAAGCAUGUAUGGGGAAGAGUACCUGUAUAGUAAGCAUCUGAAUGGGGAACUGCCCGAGCAGACUUUGCUCACAGAGAUGCUGCAUUCCAAAAGAAGGUGA